GUCCUUGUCAAGAAUCUCAAAAAACGGCACCGUUUUACUGUUCUUCCUCCAAAUCUCAAAUCAACAAAAACCAAACCACCUCUCUCCGAUUUUCUCGAGAAAAUCUAUCUCCGAGAAAAUCUCGGCUUUCACUCCCAAACUCUCUCUCUCUCACACACACAGAGAUAGAGAUAGAGAUAGAGAUAUAUACAUACGUGUAUAUUUGUACAUAUAUAGGAAAUGGAUCGGAGGAGGCCGGUUAGUCCGGUGUACUCGCGGCAGUGGAGCGGUUCGAAUUCGAGCACGGGUUCGUCGUCGCCGGCGAUGUCGCCGGCGCAUCCGCAGUCUCGGCUGGCGGCUGGAGCCACCGGGUUCUCCACCGUCAAGCGAACGCAGAACGCGGCCGCCAAGGUCGCGGCUCAGCGCUUGGCUAAGGUCAUGGCGUCGCAGACCUCCGCCGACGAAGACGACGACGAUGAGGAGAACGGAUUCAAAUUCGCCGUUCCGGCUCCACCUGCUCCCUCGCCUUUCUCCCUCUCCAACAGUAACAGCAACAAUUACAGUAGCGGGAAUUCGAUUCCGGCGAUUUCGGUUUCUCGGCCUAAUCGAUCUCCGUCGCCUGCGUUAGGUCGGAACUUUGUAGAGCAUGCUUCUUCGGUUCGGUCAACAUCAGCUGGAAGACCAUCAAUGUCAGUUCGUUCGGCAGCUGUGGUGCCACCCAGCAGAUCCUCACUUAGAAGUCCAGUGGCAAUACCUCCGAUUGAACCUCCUUCUAGUAGGAACAACAACAGGUUUAUUCCCAAUAUUUCACCACUCAACUCAAAAGAUAAAGGAGAUCAGCGUGAAGCUUCUGCACUUCGUGAUGAACUUGAUAUGUUAGAAGAGGAAAAUGAGAUUAUUCUUGACAAGCUUAGAAAUGCAGAAGUAAGACGAGAGGCAGCAGAGGCUAGAGCGAGGGAGCUUGAGAAACAGGUUGCUACUCUUGGAGAAGGCGUGUCCCUCGAAGUUAAAUUGUUGAGCAAGAAGGAAGAAUUGUUGCGGCAAAAAGAGAUUGCUCUAAAGGCUGCUGUAGCACAAAACAGGGGUGGGAAAAAUGAGGAGGUUGCCGCCCUUCGUACAGAGGUUGAGAAUUUAAAAGAUGAAGCUGCAACAGCUCUGGAACAACUCCAAGAAGCAGAAUCUGAAGCAAAGGCUCUCCGCUCUAUGACACAGAGAAUGAUUUUGACUCAAGAAGAGAUGGAGGAAGUUGUUUUGAAGAGAUGUUGGCUUGCUCGUUACUGGGGUUUAGCUGUAGAGCAUGGCAUAUGUGCAGAUAUAGCAGUUUCAAAGCAUGAGCAUUGGUCAUCUUUAGCCCCUCUUCCAUUUGAAGUUGUCAUUUCUGCUGGACAAAAGGCUAAGGAGGAAUCUUGGGAUAGAGGUGGAGAUGAUCCAGACAGGAGCAAGCUUGUCCGGGAUAUUAGUGAUCUCACAGGAGAAGGAAAUAUUGAGACUAUGCUUUCAGUUGAAAUGGGUUUGAGGGAACUGGCCUCUCUAAAGGUUGAGGAUGCUGUUGUACUAGCAUUGGCUCUAUGCAGACGUCCAAAUUUGGUUCGGCAGUCCAGUUUAGAUUCCAGAUCAGCUGUUGAUCCCAAGUUUAUGGAGGCAUUUGAAUUAAGUGAAGAGGAGACACAAGAUGUUCAAUUCAAAGAGGCGUGGCUGACUUACUUUUGGAGAAGAGCUAAAGUACAUGGUGUUGAAGAGGAUAUAGCAGAAGAGCGGCUUCAGUUUUGGGUCAACCGUAGUGGGCAACAACCAACUUCACAUGAUGCUGUGGAUGUGGAACGAGGCUUAGUGGAGCUGAGAAAGCUAGGGAUAGAACAGCAACUCUGGGAAGCAUCCCGGAAAGAAAUAGAUCAGCCUCUUUCUUCUGCAGUUGCUAAUCACAAAUCCAAUGCAGAUUCAGAUACAUCGCCUUGAUGGAUGCCACCUUGAUAUGUGUCUUGUGCCAAUUCUUUCUUUUCUUUUAUUUGUUUUUUUUCUACAUAAAAUUUUCGCCCAGCUUGCUAGUAUCCCUCUUCUUUGUUCUCUGCCAUCCUCGCAACUUCAUACUUGAUUUUAUACUUAGUCCCUCGUGUAAGGUAAUUAGUGACAUAAUUUUCAUAGAUAUAGCUGCUGGAUUUUAAUUUGUAAAACAGGGGAUAGUUCCAUUUUUUUAUAUUUAAUUAAAAAUUCAAUUUGCGGUUCUGUA